CAAAAUCAACCUUCAUGUUCAAACAAGGUGCCUCUAACAAAAGCAGCCAAAAAGAUACUUUUCCACCUUUAUUCCAGUAAGCCAGUUUUGGAAAUGUUAAAGGGACACCCUUAUGGCUGUACAGGCCCAGUGCAACAGCUCCUCUGGCUCUGACCCAGUCUGUUAUGAAGAAGGAUCAGGUCCAUUGGCAGUCAUCAUUAUCCCAAGCUUGCUGGUUCUCAGCACCCUGAUCGUUGUGUCUCAGAUCAUAUGGAGCUUUAUUACUAAAAGAUCAUCAGCUCAGAUUAUCACAGGUUCAUCUUUAAAUGUAAAUGAAGGGGACCCUGUACCUUUGGACACAGGCUUUGGGACCCUGCGGCCUGCACAGGAUGCUCUGGGUCUAUGGGAGAUACCAGCUCAGUGCAGCCUGGAGGGAGUGGAGCUGCUUCAGAUGGGACGUUAUGGGCCAAUCUUCAUGGGUCAGCUAAAACAAGACAACACAUCCACUGCUGUAGUGAUUAAAACUCUUAAAGACAGGUCAAAUCAACUGGAGGCUACAGAAUUUGUGGAUUUUAUCCAUUUCCAUGUAGCAGUGAGCAAACACAAAAAUAUAGUGGAGAUGUUAUAUUGCCAGACACGCCGGACGCCCAUGUACCUGGUUUUGGAAGCAAGCAUUCCAGGGAACCUCCUGCAUUUUCUCUGGAGUCUCCGAGAGGACAGAUGUGGUGCAAGUGAUAACUUCCAGACGUUUUCAGAGAGGUCUGUUUAUCUAGUAGCUAAACAGGUAGCAGCAGGUCUGGACUAUUUAUACUCCUACCACAGAAUUAUUCAUGGGGAUGUCGCAGCCCGGAAUGUGUUGAUCGGUUCAGGGCUCUCUGUCAAAGUCUCUGGAUUGGAUUUGGCUUUUAAGAGUCGACAAUCAAAAACGGUGGACAACGAACAAGAAGCCAACGUGCCGGUAAAAUGGCAGGCGCCUGAACGGAUGAUGAGGCUUCCCCUAACAGACAGGAGUGAUGUAUGGUCCUUUGGAAUCCUGCUUUAUGAGACAAUAACCUUGGGGUCUCCCCCCUAUCCUGACCUGGAUCCAUCUGAAGUGCUGCCAAACACUUUAGCCAAUUACCGGAUGAAAAGACCAGAAAUCUGUGGAGCCCCAUUAUAUGACUUAAUAAAGUACUGCUGCAUGUGGAACUUCAAGGACCGGCCGGUCUAUUCUGCCAUUAUUCAGCUUCUAGACUCGUACAACUACCUCGCUGACACAAAACCACUUCACUCUGAACAGCAAAUGGACAUCUGUGAAUACAGGAGGAAAGCAGGACUGCCUCCAUGAGCUCAUUCAGAGAGCUGUCAAUUGAUUGUUUCUACAAUUGAUUCAGUUCCAUUAAGAUUGACAUCAUUUCCAGCUAGUUUGUAGAGAAUAAAGUGUAGCCAUGUCAUGACGAGCACAAUGUCACUAGAGGUUGCCCUGUUUCUCAGAACUGGAGACCCAUUGCAUAGUGGUCAACUGAAAUUAAUCUCAAGGCUUCCAGCUAAAAAAAAAAUUUGUUACUCAUGUAAAAUUAAAAA